AAUCCAUGGAGGAGACCUUUCCAGGGAUUAGAUUUGGCCUUUGAAGUGAAGCUAUCAACUGGCACCGAUUGUUGGAAGUUGUCAGCGGGUCCAACAGGUUUGGAACAUUCGAACUCUCACGUGACCCGAUCCAACAGCUGCUAGCAAAAACGUACCACGAAACUUGGAACCUUGUAGGGGAUCCAAGACAGCUCGUGAGAUGGAAGUCUAAUAUUACACUUGAAGGCCAAGAGAUAAGACACGAUGUGCUUUGGGUUCCUCCAAAAUGUUACGCUUGGUCACCGAGGAACGACGGCGCACUUGUAGUGACACUGAUCGUGUGUUCCUCUAGCUUGAUCCAUCAAACCAUCGAGGAGCGCUCAAAGGUUCCACCAAUCAGUGAAGGCAUCGAGGUACGAUUCCAAGAAAACUCCUCUAAACGUGACGGACAUGGCCGAUUCAGAGAAUGGAACUGCCAAGCCCAACCCAGCUCCCGGUGGCCCACCCCCCAACAUUCAGCAACUGGUGGCCUCCAAACGUCUUCAACAGGCCCAGGCUCAGGUGGGAGAAGUCGUGGAUAUCAUGCGGGUGAAUGUUGAAAAGGUUCUGGAACGUGAUACCAAGAUCGGAGAACUUGAUCGACGCGCCGAGGAUCUCCAAGAAGGAGCCUCUCAGUUCCAGCAGCAAGCAGUACGGCUGAAGCACAAGAGCUGGUGGGAGAACACAAAGAUGUGGAUUAUUCUGGGCGUCAUCCUCGUUGUCAUUGUCAUUAUUAUUGUCGUGAGCACCACUGGAGUGCCCGGUACAAAUCAGCUGAAGGAGAGGUCUUCCCCUGAGAACAUCAUGGGGGACACUGGAGCCGACUUUAGUACCAUCACACCUGGGGGUGGACCGGCCGCUCCGGAAGACGAGUUGGGACGAUUUGCGGCCAGUCCCGCUACCGCGGCCCGAGCAACACCCAUACCCGUACCUGCCGCAUCUACGAGAGAUUCCUCCGAAGCUCAGUAGAGGGACUAAUUAUGGCGAGAAAGAAUAUAGAGUCCAAACAGAGGGGAGCCCAACCCAUAAAUGGGCGAUGUUUACAAUCUAGUGUAAAAGGGACAUGGAGUGAAGCAUGAACUAACUAACUAUAAAGAGUUACAAUGGACACAGAACAACGAAAUCCCGAUUGGUUCUCAUUCAGAUUUUCCCGACUUUUGCUGAGUACAUGCUGAGUGUUCCAAAUCCAGGGUCCCCCUCUGACACCUCCAUCUAAAUGGGAAUGGCAGUGUGAUCGAAGACAACCUGAAACUUGUUUUUAUGUGCGGCAAAAAAUAUCCUCUUUGUGAUACUUAUACUCGGAUUUUCAAGCUCUUAUCAAUGUCUGGAACCAGAUUAAUUAUUCUCAGCUUCUUCUAAAUUUCAUUCCCAUGAGUUUAUUACCGUCGAAUCGAUGUGGCAAACCCCCAGAUUUCAUCCAGUUCUUGGGAUGUCUCGAGGCUUGGUUAGAUCAAAUCAUUCAACAUCCCAAAGAACCACAUGGUGACGAUCUAGCAUCUUCCCAUCCACUUAGAAAUAGUCCUGGAAUUCUUUGCCAAUUGCAUAGCAACUGUUCCAUUUUGCAAAAGAUCCCAUUCAAUCUGUUUGUUUCUCUAGAAACCCACUACACCCACAACCACUACUGCUGUACACUGUUAUUAUCACUCCUACUACUAAAGCUACUACUAUUACUAUACUACUAUCAAAUUUACUUCCUUCCGUCAUUUUUCAAAAACAACCAAGUCAAAAACCUGUUGCCGCCAACUCACUUAUUCCUAGAUAUUUUUUCAUCAAACAGUUCAAAUCAAUUAUGAUUGUCUUGCACUUUCUUGACCUGAGUUACACUCGAUUAUAUUUGAUUGAAAUACAUUCAUGUUUCUACUAAAA